GACACAUAUUAUUCCGCUGCCUGCAUUGAAAGAUUCGGGAAGAACUGUUGGUACUUACACUUUUGGGGAUAAAUAGAUUUCUUGAUUUAUUCGUCCAUUAAUUCAUCCAAAAUGCAGAACGACGCCGGAGAAUUUGUGGAUCUUUAUAUCCCAAGGAAGUGUUCCUCCACGAACCGGCUCAUUUCCGCCCAGGAUAAUGCCUCAAUUCAGAUAAAUUUAGCGGAGUUGGACAGCGAAGGCAAAGCAACCGGAAAAGUGAAAGCCUAUGCUAUUUGUGGAGAAGUACGGAGGAUGGGUGAAUCAGACGAUUCCAUCAGUCGCUUAGCGAAACGCGAUGGACUCUUAUCAAAGACCUUUUAAGGUUUUUUGAAUUUUCGGAAGAGCAGGCCUGUUCAGCGUCAUUUCCAAAAGCAGACUGGAUAAUGUUAUACGGGAAAAGUGUUUUGUAUCGAUUCUCCAACAGUGAUGAUUAAAGAACAUCCAGUGA